AGAGAGAGGUGUAGCUGAGAGAGACAGCCUCUUGGAGCUGUGAGGCAGAAGUGAUGGAUUCAACCCACAGAAAAGUGACAGUCCUCUCUUAACUGGCCACAGGCAAAAUACAACCUGCCUCGGACUCUCACCAUUUAUCAGGAAACUACCUCCACCGCUCAACUAAAGUUACCAGUUAACUCUUGAAAGUGUUCCAACUUUUCCAAGUGGAUUUUGGGGAACAAUCUUCUCAAUGUUUGCCGGAGAGUUUCUGCUGCUUUUGGGCUAAUAAUGAAGGUCUUUCAAUAACAAUUUUUUUUUUUUUUUUAACCUCUUCACUGGUGGAAACAGACUCAAGUGACAAAGAGUGAGUAACUAUAGCUGUGCACGCUACAGAAAGGACGCUGGGGUGCAGCUUUCACACUUGGGGAUGAUUCACUACCAGGAGAGACUUUGAUCAUCAUUGGCAGGCGCACAAGGCAACUGAGGGAGCUUCAUCAAUUCUAGUCGACGCUUAUUUCGUUUUGUGAGUUGGACACAAACUCAUGGAGUCCCCUUUGAUGGUCCUGCUGGGGCUCCUCAUUUAUGGACUAGCUUGUGGUGUCCUGCAGAUUCAGGGGAGUCCAUCGGAGAGCAGCCAUGCCAGGGAGAGGACCCAAGUAUUUGAGAGCAGCGAAGAUGAUUUAGAGAGAGAGUUCCUCUACGCUGGGAGGGGCAAGCGUGCUGCCGCUGACCAGCAGCAGGACAAAUGCUCCUAUACGUUCAUUGUGCCUCAGCAAAAAGUGACUGGAGCCAUCUGUGUCAACUCCAAGGAGCCUGAGGCUAUGCCGGAGAACCGGGUCAACAAACAGGAGUUGGAGCUUCUAAACGUGGAACUACAGAAACAAAAGAGGCAGAUCGAGACCCUGCAACAGUUGGUGGAGGUGGACGGAGGAAUCGUCAACGAGGUCAAGCUUCUACGGAAGGAAAGUCGAAACAUGAACUCCAGGGUCACUCAGCUGUACAUGCAGCUGCUCCAUGAGAUCAUCAGAAAGAGAGACAAUGCCCUAGAAUUGGCCCAGAUGGAGAACAAGAUCUUAAACCAAACAUCCGAGAUGCAGCAUCUCACCAGUCGAUACAAAGAUCUUGAGCACAAGUACCAGCAUUUGGCUUCUUUGGCCACGAACCAAACCACUCUCAUUGCCCUGAUGGAGGAACAGUGCCAGACUCGCCCUCAGCCUCGCCGUGCGCCUGUGCCACAGCCGAGGCCUCAACCGCCACCUCCGCCAUCGCCACCUCUUAACAAGCCCUAUCAGCCGCCCGUCCUUCCACGAAUUACCAACCCAAUCAGCAACGAGAUCCAGAGCGACCAAAAGUCCCCGCCUCUUCCAACGAUGCCCACCGGCACACACAGCCCAUCCACCACCGACAAGCCCUCUGGUCCAUUUAAAGAUUGCCUGCAUGCUCUGGAAGACGGCCACACUGGCAGCGGCAUGUACCUGGUGAAGCCAGCAAACGCCAACCGGCUUAUGCAGGUGUGGUGUGACCAGAGACAUGACCCCGGAGGCUGGACCGUGAUCCAAAGGAGGGUGGAUGGCUCCGUCAAUUUUUUCAGGAACUGGGAGACGUACAAGCAAGGUUUUGGCAAUAUCGAUGGAGAGUACUGGCUGGGCCUGGAGAACAUCUACUGGCUGACAAACCAGGCAAACUACAAGCUGCUGGUCACGCUGGAGGACUGGUCUGGCAGGAAGGUAUUCGCCGAGUACGCCAGCUUUAGAGUGGAGCCCGAGGCCGACUUCUACAAGUUAAGGGUGGGCCGCUACCACGGCAACGCCGGCGACUCUCUGACCUGGCAUAACGGAAAACAGUUCACAACACUAGACAGAGACCAUGACGCUUAUACAGGCAAUUGUGCCCACUACCAGAAGGGAGGCUGGUGGUACAACUCUUGCGCGCAUUCAAACUUGAAUGGCGUUUGGUACAGAGGAGGACACUACCGCAGCAGAUACCAAGAUGGAGUCUACUGGGCGGAGUUCAGAGGAGGAGCCUACUCGCUCAAGAAAGUGAUCAUGAUGAUCCGUCCGAACCCAAACACCUUCCACUAAGCGUCCUCUGAACAGACACUGUACUGUAUCUCUCACUAAAAAAAAAACAACAACAACAUGGCAGCAGUGAACAUCUAAGCAAACACGAUCUCCUUUGUUUACGCGGCACCAGGCGAAGACAGGCGACAAAGACGGAUCGUUUUUGAAAGUGCAAUAUCGAACCAUCAGACUGAAAUUCUGGUACCUUAGUGAUGCUCGGGUCAGGAAACUUUUAAAACUCACACCUAAUUCAAAGCAGACCAACAACCCACACAUUUAGCAAUCCUUGAAAUACUUCACGAUUAGCAUUUAGCUUUGUAUUACAAGAAGGGCUACUAUUUUUGAAAAACUGUGCUUCCCAACCUCAGUUUGCAGAAAUAUCUGCAUUCUUUUUUACUUACAUGCCCACCAGUGACACUUGGUCCGAUCCUUGGGCCGAGGCUCGAA